CCAAAACCCGGCUUAAACCCAUUGAGUUCGGCUUCCUUCUUCCCCACUGCGAAAAAGAGCUCACUGACAAUUUCGCACCCGGUUUCGUAGCAAUUUAUCUCAAGAUUCACGUCCUUGUGCUUGUGUUGGGGUAACUACAUUGUAAUGAAUUGCCUCUCUCAUGCUCGUUCAUACAUCUCCCUGGGACUGCUUAAGAGAUCCAGCUUUGUCAGCUACCAAAAUCCGUGGAAUCAAUGCAUCUUUUCAAUAUCCUGUUUAAAGCCUGCAGGUGUGAGUGCACUUGGACUGUCUAGCGUUCACUGUUAUUCCUCGAGAUCAAAGGCUGCUAAACCAAAAAUGUCAACUGCUGUUUCUGUUGCGGAUAAAGAGAAAAACGCCUUUUUUGUUGUUCGGAAGGGUGACGUUAUUGGGAUUUAUAAAGAUUUGAAUGAUUGUCAGGCUCAAGUUGGAUCAUCGGUGUUUGAUCCUCCGGUUAGUGUUUAUAAGGGAUACUCGUUGUCUAAAGACGCAGAGGCAUAUCUUUCUUCUGUUGGGAUUAAGAACCCACUUUACAGCUUUGGAGCUUCAGACUUAAAAGAUGGUAUGUUUGGCGCUCUCACACCUUGUCUUUUCCAGGAGCCAACUUCUUCUAAAGUCAAAGUAUCUAAAGAAAAGGAUACCUCAGAGAUGAAGUCAAAAGAUAUAACUAAAGAUAGUGAAAAAGAUAUUCCUUCAGCGUCCACGUCAUUGGAAAAGCACGAUCAGCUGGAGCCAUCUGCUGAUACAUUAGACGAAACAUGCAUUAUUGAGUUUGACGGUGCAUCAAAGGGAAAUCCCGGUCUCGCUGGCGCGGGAGCUGUACUGAAAACUGAGGACGGAAGCUUGAUUUGUAAAGUGCGUCAAGGUUUGGGAAUUGCCACAAACAAUGCAGCAGAAUAUCACGGAUUAAUCCUAGGAUUGAAGCAUGCUAUUGAGAGAGGUUACAGGAAAAUUAAAGUGAAAGGUGACUCCAAGCUGAUCUGUAUGCAGCUUAAAGGUCAAUGGAAUGUAAACAGCGAGGUACUCAAGAAUCUGCACAGGGAAGCAAAACAACUGAGAGACAAAUGUAUCUCUUUCGAGAUCAGUCAUGUACUAAGGAAUCUGAACUCUGCUGCGGAUGAACAAGCAAACUUGGCUGCUCGUCUUUCCGAAGGAGAAAUUGAAGUGGCGUGAAGGCUUUAUACAUAUUCUCAGGGUCUAAUGCUCAAAUUUUGGGUUUAGUUUUUCUUGCAAAUUUAUUAUUUGUCUUUAGUUUUUUACUGUAAUUUGUUUUUAAUAGCGUCUAGUGAAAAUGAGAAUAAAGAAAAUAACAGGCUUAGAUUGUCAUCAAUAUGGCCCAAUAGUAUGAUAUUAUGAGCCCAUUUAUAUUUUCUUGAACCUUUCUCCCCGACUUGGAGC